GUGAGAUUACAAGUUGGUGUUUACAUUGUAUAUUUAAUAGACUGGCUGACCGUUUUCAGCCGGGAACAGUUUCUGAUCCUGAGGCUGGAAGACCACGCUAGUAACAGGAAAUACACCAUGCACAAAGUCUUUGAUUUUCUCAGCCUCGGACCACUGACAAAAGAAAUAGAGUCAGAAAUCACAAGAAGUCCAGCAUCCAACACCAGAAGACCAGCAGAUAAAAACUUGGGGCCCAUGCUGCCGAUCACUAAGGAGAUCCUGCAUGACUUUUACUCGCCGUUCAAUCAGAAACUGGCUAAAGUUCUGCGGAACGACUCCUUCCUCUGGGAGAAAUAACUCAACCCUCCCCGAGCAAUCAGACUUUCUCUUCAUCUCUCAAGUGCCCAUAAAAAAAGCAACCCUAUUUUUUAAAUGUAAAUUAUUUUUAAGUUAUAAAAUGCAGAAAUGAAUCAGAGAUACA